AUGUCCGCCGUCAGCGGAGCAUCCACCUCCCUACUCACGCGAGUGGAAUCCCAACUGCGUACACCGAAUGGCAAACUCGUGCUCGUGGCGUUGGCGACGACGUUAUUGACGACGGGCACGAUCUUGACCACUCAAAAGGUCAGGAGGAAGAAGAAGAGGGGGGAUUUGAGGGAGGUCGUUGAGCGGAGGACGAGGGAAGAGGAUGAGGGAGGGGAGGAGGAAGUAUUGAGGCAGUUCGUAGGUGGGCCAUUGGGCGAGGGGGAAGGAGCGUUGAGCGCGAAUGCGGAGAGAGGGGACGGUGUAGGGAGUAAGCCGAGGAAACCGACGAGCGAGGUCAUCAUCCGGGAAGCGCUCGCGAGGAACUAUGUCUUCUUUGGAGAGGAAGCAAUGACCAAGAUUAGAGGCGCGUUCGUCGUUGUCGUGGGUCUUGGAGGCGUCGGCUCGGCGUGCGCAACCAUGUUGGUUAGGAGUGGGGUUCGUAAAGUCAGGUUGAUCGAUUUUGAUCAGGUCUCUUUGAGCUCGUUGAACGUGCGUAUCGGGAACGAAAGAAGAACAUUGGCAGGUUUAUCAGGAGGAUCACCAGUGCUGACGUUCUUGCCUGUUUCUCUCACAGCGCCACUCGACAGCAAACCUUGCUCAGGUCGGAACGCCCAAAGUCGUCUCGUGCGCCGACUACUUUGCUUCCAUCGCACCCUGGGUCGAGGUCGAUGCGAGGAACGAGCUCUUUUCGAAAGAGGACGCGGAUACACUGCUGGAAGGUGUGCUAUGCUCCAUUCGUUUCGCGACAAUCAUGAUGGAGCUGACGAGAUGUUCAUUUUGCUCGAUCUCGACAGGCAAACCUGACUACGUGAUCGAUGCGAUCGACAACAUUGAUUCCAAAGUAAGUGUAGACCUAUGCAGAACCAAUCUCAUACGUCAAUGCUCGUGUUGAACCUUCUUUUCCUGUUCACAGGUCGAUCUACUCGUCUACUGUCACAAACACGGCCUCCCCGUCUUCUCCUCCCUCGGCGCGGCGGCAAAGUCUGACCCUUCGAGGAUCCAAGUCAGCGACAUCUCGACAACGUUCGAAGAUCCGCUCGCGCGAGUCGUCAGAAGAAGACUGUAAGUUUGCCAUACCGAUGUCGCUCUGGCUCAUCUGGACGAAUAAGCCCAAUUUCGUCUUCGGCUCUGGCUUUUCGCAGUAAAUCGGAAGGCGUCCAUUCCGGCGUACCCGUCGUCUAUUCGACCGAGAAACCGAGGGACGAUCUCGGCUUACUUCCACUACCGGAAGAGGAAUUCCAAAAGGGCAAAGUCGACGAGUUGGCUGCGAUUAAGAACUUUCGAGUCAGGAUCUUGCCUGUGUUGGGACCUUUACCGGCGAUGGUGAGUUUCUUCGUUUUCGAGACCGAAGCAUGCUCCGAAGCCGGUUCGAACGGGAAGGGUUGGUGAACUGAUCUCCGGUUCAUUCUCGUUCGAUCAAAGUUUGGAAACGCGGCUGCGACCUAUGUACUCCAAGCGCUUGCCGGCUUCAAGAUGGAACCUCUGCCCGUCAAGAACCGCCACAAGAUGGCCGCGACCAUUCACCGCCAACUCGCCGCCGUCGAGAUUCGUCUUUCGGGAACGAACAAGAUCCCCAUGAGCGAGGACGAUGUGCUUUAUUUGUUCGAAGAGGUGUUCAGGGCUAGAAGUGUGGCGCCUUUGUUGGGAUUGCCGAGUCGGCCGUGUUUGUUGAGGUGGGAGAAGGAAGGAGGGUUGAGGUGGGACAAUUUGGUGGUGUUUGAUCGGGCGGAGGGGGAGAUGUAAGUCUGCGAGUACACGAAGAUGUGGUCAUACACGAGAACUGAACAUAUCUUUCUUAUGGAGCGCACGCAGUCACGAGAAGGAGGUGCUGAUGGGGCACAAGCGGCCCGAGGAGUUGUGGGGUCCCGAAGUGACGGCGCUCGUUCAGAAGCGACACGCGGAAGAGCGGAGACUGAGGAAAUAUCGGAUAGAGUAG